ACGAGCCCAGUUUGAGCUGCCGCUGUUUAGUGUUGGGCGCUGCUAGGCUAACGGGGCUUUUCCGCGUCCUUGUUUCCCCCGACGAGGCGGUGUCAGCGUUCAUCUCGACCGGCCAGAAGGCGACUAUUAUGUGAGCUCGGCGGCCAAGCGUGGGAGCACCGUGCGAACUGAGUUUUCUCGAGUCAUCUAUAUGGGCCAUAUUCUCUCGAAAAAUGGUUACCGUCUGAAGAAGAAGACACGCAAGCAGCAUCACAGGAAGAAGAAGAAGAGGAACUGCUUCCUGCAGGGGCCUUGCAUGCUGUGCUUCAUCAUCCACAGCAGCAGCGACGGCCGCGGUCUCAACGAGGACACCGACCCUUUGGAGGCCGGCGUCAACGGCAGCGGCCGCUGUCACAACAGCGUCACCGGCAUCACCGUCCCGGGCGUCGGUGGAGUCGGAAUCAGCGCGGCGGCAGUCGCGGCCUCCAAGCUCACAGAGCGGUACGCCACCCUAGCAUCUCCCGAGGACUGCUCCAAGUUCCUCCUCUCUUCACCAGAGUUAGCUAUUUGGGAGGGGCAAGGGAGGACCCUAUUGUCAGCUGUCCCGACAAAACUCAUUCCACCACCGGCUCUUUUUCGGACUGCUGGCGUUUCUGGGACUGUGCCCAUUCCUGUGCCUGUGCCUGGCUGCAGCAGUGACUACGCCGAGAUGGUGUGUAAGAGGAAGUGUUCCGAGGUCCAGAGAUGCACCCCUUGCAACAAGCAGCCACGCUGUGCCUUUUCUGACCCCGACGGUAGCUUAGAGAACGGAGGAGUGAGCGGAAGCGUGGCAGAGGCUUCUUCGAACUCCCAAACUGGCCACUGCCACCUUCCCAUCUGCCCGCUGCCCUGUUCCUCCUCCUCUUCUCCAUCAUCAUCCUCUUCCUCGACAGCGGCCGACGCCUGCUGCGGGUCGGCUCUUCAGGUCGAUCCGUCUCACAGCUCAGACUUGUCCCCUGCCAGCCUGCAGCACCACGACGACUGCCAGGCCAAAGGCUCUGACGCUGCUGACCCUUUAAGUAUCAACCACUUGCCUUCUUCCAUCCUUCUUAAGGUUCUCUCACACUUGACGGUGAAGGAACGUUGCUUGUGUGCCUCUUUAGUCUGCAAGUACUGGAGGGACCUUUGCUUAGACUUCCAGUUCUGGAAGCAAAUUGACCUCAGUGGCCUACACCAAGUAAACGAUGAUCUCCUGGCAAAAAUAGCCUCUCGGAGGCAGAAUGUGACCGAGAUAAACAUCUCUGACUGCAGGGGCGUCCAUGACCACGGCGUGUUCUCCCUGGCCUCUCAGUGUCCUGGCCUUCAGAAGUACACAGCGUACAGAUGCAAACAGCUGGGGGACAUAUCCCUGGCUGCCUUGGCUGCACACUGUCCUCAGCUGGUGAAAGUGCAUGUGGGAAACCAGGACAGACUGACAGACAGGGCGCUCAUAAAGCUUGGAGAGUGCUGCAGCGAGCUGAAGGACAUUCACCUAGGCCAGUGCUACGGAAUCAGCGAUGAAGGCAUGGUGGCUUUGGCCAAAGGAUGCCCCAAACUGCAGAAAUUGUACUUGCAGGAGAACAAACUGGUCACCGACCAGUCGAUGCGAGCGGUUGCCGAGCAUUGCCCCGAGCUGCAGUUUGUUGGUUUCAUGGGGUGCCCCGUGACGUCCCAGGGCGUCAUCCAUCUCACUGCUCUUCGUAACCUGACCGUCCUGGACCUGCGGCACAUUUCUGAGCUGAACAAUGAGACGGUAAUGGAGGUGGUGAGGAAGUGUCGUAACCUCAGCUCCCUCAACCUCUGCCUCAACUGGAGCAUCAAUGACAGGUGCGUGGAAAUCAUCGCCAAGGAGGGGAGGAGCCUGAAGGAGUUGUAUCUGGUGUCCUGUAAAAUCACCGACCACGCUCUGAUAGCCAUAGGCCAAUAUAGCAGCACCAUAGAGACCGUGGAUGCCGGCUGGUGUAAGGACAUCACAGACCAGGGCGCCAUGCAAAUCGCAGAGAGCAGCAAGUCGCUGCGCUACCUAGGCCUCAUGAGAUGUGACAAGGUCAACGAGGAGACAGUGGAGAGGCUGGUGGUCCAGUACCCUCACAUUGUGUUCAGCACAGUGAUGCAGGACUGCAAGAGAACCCUGGAGAGAGCUUAUCAGAUGGGCUGGAGCCCCAGUGCUUCCAACACCUCCUAGCUGUAGCUGGAUGAUACACAUACACACGUAAACACACGCACACACACACACACACACACACACACACACACACACACACACACACACACACACACACACAUA